AUGAGAGGGACUAUUCGUCCAGAAGCAAAUGGCGACUUGUUCUGGGAUAAGGAGGUGAUCCUUCUGUUGAAUUGGAUGCCCCCCAAAACGACCAUCGACAGUGAUUGGUACUGCAAUUCACUGUGCCAACUCCGCCGUCAUAUUCAGCAACGCUGCCACGGAAAAUGGGGGCGCGGCAUUCUUCUCCAACAUGACAAUGCGUGGCCACAUGGCAGUAGGCAGACCAUUGCCACCCUGGGUGCUCUAGGAUACACCGUGCUGCCUCAUCCGCCAUACUUGCCCAAUCUUGCCCCUAGUGACUACGCUCUAUUCGAUGAAAGGAAAGACAUCAUGCGAGGUAAGUCGUUCACCUCCAACGAGCUUCAGGCAGAUGUCCAGAAGUGGCGCCGGGAUACCUCCAAAGAAGGGUUUGCUGUGCAAAUACGGAAACUGCUAGAACGAUGGCAAAGGUGCAUAGACAUUGGCUGGGAAUACUUCUAA